AUGUCCUUCGUCCUGCUUACAGAGUCUCAAGUAGCCCCUCCACGACUCACCGCGCCCACAGAACAGCCGGGUCCGAAGCAGCAACGGCGGAAGUCCGUGUCAGCUGGGCAGCGAAAUGAUGGGAAGCCCGCGCAACCCCACGAAGCCGAGCGCAUCAACAAGCUCUUCGAGAUACUGUCGGCACGGUCAGACAUAGAUCACCCGGUGUGUUUUGAAUGCACCGACAUGCUUGUGGAGGGCCUUCAGAAGAGGCUAGAAUCUACCGCUCGAGAGCGAGACGCCUACGCCGGUUUCCUCAAGCAGGUUCAAUCCGACAUACCCAAUGAGGAAGACAUAGCUGAGUCCGAGCAAGCGCUGGCGAAGGCGAGGAGGGACGAGGAAGAUUCCAUGAAGGAGCUCUUGAAGUUGGAGAAGGAAAAGGCAGCUUUGGACGACGAGAUAAUGGCACUUGAAGAGGAAUCGCAGAAGCUGAACUCGGAAGAGGAACAGUUCUGGCGGGAACGCAACUCGUUUGCGACAAAGCUGUCCCAGUUCCAGAACGAGAGGGACAGCAUCAACUCCAAGUUCGACCAUGACUCCCAGUUGCUUACGAAGCUUCAGCGAGCGAAUGUCUACAAUGACACGUUUUCAAUACACCACGAUGGCAACUUCGCGACAAUCAACGGUCUCCGGUUAGGCAAGCUGUCUACCAAGCCAGUCGACUGGCCCGAGAUCAAUGCGGCUUGGGGCCAGGCACUCUUGCUUGUAGUGACCGUUGCCGAUAAGCUGGGAUACAAGUUUGAAGGCUACGAGCCCUUACCUAUGGGCUCAACGUCCAAGAUCAUCAAAUAUGACUACCCAUCCCCAUCUUCCAGCCGCCUCGGCGCUCAUAGAAGUGGGCCCCCACCGGCGCCCAAGAGAAGCGUCCUGGAUCUGUACUGUUCCGGAGGCGACUUGCCGUUGCAGAUGCUGUGGAACCGGAACUUCGACAGAGGCAUGGUGGCCUUCCUGGAGCUGGUCAAGCAGCUUGGGGCCUUCGUCCACCAGCGGACAAGGUCGGACGAUGGCCGGGGAGACUUCACGACCAACCCGCUGGCGCUGCCUUACAAGAUUGAAGGCGACAAGAUCGGAGACGAUCGGAUAGGGCACUUCAGCAUCAGGCUAGGCAUCACCAACGACGAGGGCUGGACCAAAGCAUGCAAAUUCGCCCUCACCUGCUGCAAGUUUCUGAUCGCACACUCAAGUAACGUCAGUCAUAUCGCGAACGGGCGCUGA